CUUACCCAAGUCCGACUCACGUAAGUUCUGUUUAUAAAUACCUCAUAAAUAAUUAUUUAUUUAUUUAUUUAUUUAUUUAUUUAUCUGAGAUAAAUACGGGCCUUAAUGUAAAAAUGUCAUUUUAAACUUCGUUUAACACAACGGUGGAAUCGGUCCUUGUGUUAUGUGGUCUAAACAUUUAAAUCGAUUCGAGAACACGAGAAUGAGAACUAUUUCAUUCGAAUGAUCCGAUAAUUAGUUUAAAAAAUAUCAAAUCCAAAAAUUCCAAAAAUGGCAGGAGCCAUGGGGGAUUUUUCAAAUUGGUUAGGAGAAAAAUUAAAAGAAUUAAACACAGACGAGACAGUUUUUGGAUCAUAUAUCCAAGGAAUAUUAGACAGCGAUGAAACGCCAGAAGAAAAAAGCGAAGCUAUACAAGGUUUACUAACAGAUAUUGUUGAAAAUGAGUCAGAAAUUAUGACAAUAUGUAACGAAAUCCUCGAACAAUGGCUAAUUUUAAAGCCAAAAGAGGAACAAGGUGCCAAACAAAUGUCCAGUGAAGAGGUUGAUACCAAACUUGCCAAAUUACUAGAAUCUCAACAACUAGCCACUACCAAGCAAAAACAGUAUACUGAGGAGGAGAAAAAAAUCAGGGAAGCUAUUCUUUCUCAGUACAGUGAAAUGACUGAUGAAGAGGGCGAAGCUGAGGAAGUCAGUUGUUCUGGAGAAGAUUCAGGUUUAGAGAAAAAUCUAAAUGCCCACACAGUAGCACAGGCUGAAAAAAAUAAAAGAGAUCAGGCUAGAAUGGAUAGCCAGAAAAAGAAGGAAAAGGACAAAGAAGACAGAGAAAAACAGAAGCAAAUGAAAGAAGAUAAAAAGGAAAAACGCAAGACUGUUAAAGGAGAAAGGAGAAGGUAGCAGAUUAUUCAAUAAAUCACCACUUGCUGCAUGUAUUAUUGUGAAGAAAAUAGUUCCCCUUACCAAUUGUUGUUUGUUUUAUUUUAUUUUAGUGAUCGUGAUCUUCUUUAGUUAUUCUAUUUAAAAAAAAAUUGGAAUAUUUGUAGAAAAAGUGAACAUUGUCUUACUUUUGAGAUAAAAUUAAAUGUUAAGAUACUUUAUUUGUUUAUAAAAACAAAAAAAAAAUAGAUAUUCUGAAGAAAAAAAAUCAUUUAUUUACUUUAUAACUAGAAUAAAUAAUGUGUCAAAUAUAUUUCAUUUUAUAAUUUUUGGAAAUAAAAUUCUUAAUAAUUUCUUAUCAUUGGUGGCAUUUGUUCGUCAGGGUCAAUGCGAAGAAUUUUAUCUGCCAGUACCAUUUUGUUGAUAACUUCAUGCUGGAUUCCACCACCUUCAAGUUUACACAAAUGGAAGCCUUUUCUGAAUAUUUCUUUACAAUUUUUGGGCAAAUAAGUUGGAAAAGUCACAUUAAACUUUAUUAUUAAGUUUCCUUUAUCGGGGUAUUGUUCCAAAAUGGGCAUUCCUUCAUUAUCAACAAUCUUUUCAUAACCAGGACUAAAAGUUAUUCAAAAUUUUCGAUCUUUAUUCAUGUUUGUUUUAAAAUAAAGUCGCUAAACUUCAAUUGGCAAUAGCAAAACACUGCGAUAUGUUUAUUUAAUUCUGCCAUAUGGGAACCAUAUCUUAAAGUAAAGCUUAUCGGUUUUAUUAAAAAAAAAAAACUACAUUGGUGGCCAUUUCAUAAGAUAAAUAAUUGUAAAAAUUACCAUACCUUUCUAUGAAAUUUAUCUUACCUGAUAACAUCGGUUAUAGGUAUC